AUGGCCUUGCUCAAGUACACCCUCGCCCCUUCCUCUGCUGCCACCCUUUGUACUCUCACUCCUGCUGCUGCCCCUGAUGCUUCACCCCUGGGUGCCAAUAUCUCUGGAGCCAGUGCCCUCUCCCAGGCCUCCCUUGCUGCUCCCAUGGCACAUGUAACUGCCCGUGCCCUCAUGCUGGAAGGCUCAGACUCGGACUCUAUUGGUGAUUUCAUCCCCACGCCUGCUGUGGAGCCGUGCAGUGCAGAGAGCGCAGGGAGCAAGGAGGGCACCUUUCUUCCUCCGCCUCCUGCUUCCCCUACUCAUUCUCCUGCCGCUCCCUUGUCUCUGCCGUCGCCUGCCACCCGAGUGCUGAUGGUCCCUGAAGACGAUGGCUUCACCUGGCGCAAGUACGGGCAGAAGCUCAUCCGAGCCUCCUCACGGCCCAGGCUGUACUUUCGCUGCGGGCAGCCCGGCUGCCCGGCAAGGAAAACCGAGGAUCGGGCAGCAGAUGGAAAGGUUCUUGGGAGGAAGUAUCUGAGUUUGCACAAUCAUAAUCCUCCUACUCCUUCCCCUCCUGCUGCGGCUGCUGCAGACGCUGCAGCUGUGCGGGGUGAGCUGGACCAACAGAUGGGGGGGAUGUGCUCCAAACUGGAUGAGCAGGGAGAGGCCCGGCAGGAGCAGUGGGGGAUGAUGGGAGACGGCUGGCACGAGCGCGUGCAGGUGGACGAGGACCAAAAGCAGCAUGGGGGGGAGCUGGAGAACUGGCUGCAGCAGCAGCAGCAGCAGCAGCAGCAGCAGCAGCACGAGCAGGAGCAUGAGGCAGAGCAGGAAAAGGAGGAGCAGGGGCAGCAGGCGUGGGGAAUGUUUGGAAUGGGCAGCGACGUUGAAGGACUCUUUGAUCUCUCGCUCUCCGAUGCGUUCCUAAAUGACGCCCCGACUGAUUGUGAUUGCAGCAACCACACCAUCAACAACAAAAUCUGGCUCCCUGCUGAGGAAUUUGGGGGAGGUGUGUCUGAGGAGACUUUAUCUGAGGAAGGGCUCUCCCUGACGGUGUCUGGUGAAGCGAGUUGUCGUACCACUUCUGGCCCAACCAGCCCUACUCAAAGGACAGCUACCAUCUCAGGCCGAGCAGCAGCUUUCUCUCCUCGUGUCACUCCAGGCGGAUCUCCAGGCGUUUCUUCAGGUGCUGCACCAGGCAGUCCGUCAGGUGUGCGCAUGGUGUGUGCGCAGCAGGUGGUGGAGGAGCCGAGGGUGGUGGUGGCGGUGCGCAGCGAUGCAGACGUGGUGGAUGAUGGUUACCACUGGCGCAAGUACGGCCACAAGCUGGUCGGAGGCAACACCUUCCCCAGGAGCUACUAUCGGUGCACGAGUGGGGACUGCCGUGUGCGCAAGCAGGUGGAGCGCUCCAAGCAUGACCCGUCCAUGGUGGUAACCACGUAUGAGGGCCGGCACAACCACUCUGCACCUGGACCCAUUCUCUGCCUCCCCCAGUCACUGUAG